AUGAGCGAGACAACCAUCGUGUCCGAACCGGAGACAACUCUUCUUCGUUUCGCUUCCGGGAAUGGCCCGGUAACGCGCCGUAUUCUCCGGACACCGCUCCGUGAUGCUCUUCCAACGGAGAUUCCACUCAUUGACAUAUCACCUUCUUUCGGCGAUGACAUUGCAAGCCGAAAACUAGUGGCUCAACAGAUCCGCCAAGCUGCAACUUCAUCGGGCUUCUUUUACAUCACCAACCAUGGCAUCGACUCGUCCGUCACUGACGCUGCCCACGAAGCCUGUCUCGAGUACUUCCGCCAGGAAGAAGAGGCGAAGAUGCGUUCCUGGGUUGGCAAAAGUCGCUACUUCAACGGCUACAAACCUCCUGGAUCCCAGCGUAUCAACAAGUCAGAAAGUGUCGAUGUUCGCGAGACGUUUAGCUGGACCUACGAUCCUCGUCAUGAUCCCGAUAUCAGCGACGUUGAGUCCAUCCCAGACGAUGCCAAGCGUUUCCUCCGGAUAGAAGAUUUUCAUUGGGAAGGAGCUUCCAAUAAACCGCAGUUCAAGAGCUCGAUUAUCCGUUACUGGCAGUCAUGCCUGAAACUUGCUCGCGUGCUAGUGCGAGCUUUCGCAUUGUCUCUGGACCUUCCGGAAGACCAUUUCGAUGCUAAGUUUGCGUACCCAGAUGCUGCGUUGGCGCUCAACUAUUAUCCGCCGUUAUUGAAGGCUUUGAACGGUGCUCCAGCCGACACUGAUGCACAAGUAUCGAUCGGAUCGCACACGGACUUCCAGCUUUUCACCAUUCUUUGGCAAGAUGCUGUUGGGGGACUGCAAGUUCUGAAUCGCCAGGGGCAGUGGAUCAGGGCGGCGCCGAUUCCGGGAACUUUUGUUGUCAAUAUCGCUGACUAUCUGCAACGGAUUACCAACGAUCUUUACAUCAGCACUGUUCAUCGUGCUCAAAAUCUGAGCGGCGAGGAGAGGAUUAGCAUGCCUUUUUUCUUCGGUUUUGGUCUGCAUGAGAGUUGCGGUGUUUUGGAUACUUGUAUUAAAGACGGGGAGAAGCCGAAGUACGACGAAAUAGGUUGCGAGACAUGGGUGCAGCGAAGAGCUAGAGCAAUGCAUCAAGUAGAGUCUGGUGGCGAAGGCGAUGCAUGA